AUGACGGCAACAGCAGCGACCCGCGCAGUCCUCCUCUCCUACACACUUCUAGUCCUCACGCCCAGGCAGGCCUUACCACACAACAUCCAGAGGAUAUCCCCAAAGACCUCUCCGACCUAUGAAGAGCUCGCAAGUUCCCUCUUCGUCAAUCAAAUGGCCAUUUUAGAACUGAUGCACAAUUCCCCGAACGCAACCUGCGUCACUGCUAACAUGCGAAAUGAGAGUAACGUCGACAGAGAGGCAACAAGGAGGCUGGAGGAGACGCUGGGGACACGCAUGGAUCGAGUGUUGGCGGCACUGGAGGUCCAACAGCAACACACGCAGCAGAUGCUCGACACCCUUAACAUCACCGCCAUGGACACACUGACAAAGGUUGAAGAGGUGAGGGAGGAGAUGAAGGAGGAACUUGUCAAGAUUGCUGAAGAUAUGCAGGUGUCCGCCACUCAAACGAGAACGACAGAACAGGUGGAAGAGGAAGAGGCAAUAGCUGUUCCGGAGAUCACGUAUUCCGGAGUAAUAGUGCACAACGACUCGCUGCCAUCCCUUUGCAAUGGAGACAAAAUCCUCUUUGGUUCGGUCGGAUCACUGACGGUGGUGGCAUCCGGCAGCUACCCGAGUGGUGUUCUGUGCUCCUGGAAUUUGACCUUUCCAGCAGAGUCCUCGGUGACCCUGACCUGGGAAUACAUCGACAUGGAAAACCACCCAUCGUGUAACUACGACUGGGUGGAUGUCAGACACAAUUCUCAUUCUGUGUAUGGGAGGAAACUGUGCGGUAGUCUCAACUCCUCAAUCCGUCAACUUCUGGACCUGACUCUGCAUAAAAUCAACAACCUACUAGUCUCCUUCCGCUCUGAUGGCUCCAAUGAGAAGAGUGGCUUCAGGCUGUUGUAUCACGCCCACUGACGCAACCUUUAACAACAAUUCAGUAUUCAGGAUCUUGUUCGGACGGCAAACGAGUCCAUAGUAUCUCAAAUUCAGCGGGAAAAAAUUAAAUAUGAUGCUAUCUUGAAUUUUUAGACUUUGAAAUCUUUGUCUAGCUUUAAACUAAGUAAAUAAAGAAUGGAGAAAAAUUGUUUCAAACGUUACGAGAUUGAAUAAUGUUGCUAAUUUUGUUCAGCCUUCGUAUAUAUUUCUGGACACUUACAGUCCAUUUUCCUUUAUCCAUUUUCAUUAGAGUGUCAUUGUAUUAUUUCUACCUAUAACAAAUAUGAUUAACUUUUUAUUAGUUUUUUUUAUUGUUUUCGUUUCUUUUCGCAAAACCAGUUGCUUUUUUUACAAUAGUUUCUUCACUUUGAUGAAUGUUACCUCUCGUUAUCUUAGAAAUAAGUUAGUUUAAAAUUCUUGCUUAUGUGAAUAAUUAUUGCACAUCCUUCCGUUUUCUGUUCAUGUACGUACAUUCAUAUCUCACCAUUCAUUAAUUGACUUUCUUUAUCUUUGGCCUUAUCUCUUUCUGUAUGUGUAUGUUACCGAAAACACGCACACAUGCACGCACGCACACACACACACACACACACACACACACACACACACACACACACACACACACACACACACACACAAAUUGAUAAUGUAAGUAAAGCUAAUCAUGGUUCAUUUUCUUGAGGUUUGGGUUCUUACAAGGGCUAUAUUUUCUAAGACUAGAGAUAGUUAGUUGGCUUCUCGCAUGUGUAUUUCCUGUCGAUGCUGCAACAUCCUUCUUAUACUGUUAUCAAAAUCCAAAUCACAUCACUGUUCAUAAGAGGCACUGAUAACUGGAAUUGAUGCAUUCCUAUAGCGAUAACACACUAACAAAGGGUGAUAUUCAGAUAUGUAUCUAGAACAGCCACAACAAUGUCAUGAUUCAGCAGGUGGACUUGUAACAUUCCCAGUGAUACAAACAAAAAUCGAGAAAACUGUUUGAAAGCUCCGCUCCAUACCCAGCCGUCCUCACACUUAUCCCACUUCAGCUUCUGCUGCUGAAGUGAAGAGAGGAGUUGAUGAGACGAAAUCCUUUGAUUCCACCCUGUUUAGAAAGGCGGAAUACAUGUGAAGCGUAAUCCAUACAGUACAAUAAUAGUUAAUGCCCUAGUAUAAGUUAGUAGCUGAGAUGAGAAAAAUUAGGUAUAUAGAUUAGGCAACUCAGAGCGUCUAACUUCACAAAAGCUGAGGAUGAAAUACGAGAUUUUCAGAUAAGAUCAUUAGGCGUCGUGGAAAGCAAACGUUAGUUACAUACAAAGUAAAGUUUUUACCUAGAUCAGAAAGAACAAUUCAUAAGAUAGACGACAGACGAUAUGUUCUCUGAACUUACGAUAUAGCCUAGUUUAUCCUAAUCCUCAUUACUGUAAUAUUGUCUGGAGUUCUGCAAUAAGAAUGGUCACUCAUUUCUUUCUAUAUUACAGAAAAAAAUAGCUAAAUGAUUUCAGUUCAGUAGCAAGACACAAGACCCACAUUUAUCCUUUAUUUCCAGAACUUUUAAUUCUCGGUCUGCAUGAUACACGCGCCUUAGAGAUGCUCAAAGGUAUAUUCAGUCAAAUACAGACGCCAUGGGUUGUGACUUUCGAAAGAGUUUCCAGUGAGCACAAUAAAAUCCUUCCGUGAUCUCCAAAACCACGAUAAUAAGUCUCCAAAGAUUUGUUACGUAUUCUGGAUGUGUUAAAUGGAGCAGUUUACCAGAAAAGAAACGUACUAUGUAACAAUUACCUUUUGAGUUUGCACAUUACCUAUUAUGUAACCUAAUUAUGUAAUUAUGUAACUUUUCAAUCUAUCAUGUUUGUCAUAUCAUAUACUUACGAUUAAAAUAUAUUUGUUGCAAUUAUA